CAGCGUCAAAAUGUCAGACAAAAGUGAUUUAAAAGCAGAACUUGAGCGCAAAAAGCAACGUUUGGCUCAAAUAAGAGAAGAAAAGAAACGGAAGGAGGAAGAAAGGAAGAAGAAAGAGGCUGAUCUACAGCAAAAGAAGGAGCCAGCUCAGGAAGAUUCUGACCUAGACCGCAAAAGAAGAGAGACAGAAGCUUUGUUACAGAGCAUUGGUAUAUCUCCAGAACCACCUCUAGUCCCAACCCCUAUGUCUCCCUCUUCGAAAUCAGUGAGCACACCCAGUGAUGCAGGCAGCCAGGACUCGGGAGAUCUGGGACCCAUAGGAAGGACCUUGCAAUGGGACACAGACCCCUCAGUGCUGCAGCUCCAGUCUGACUCUGAACUUGGACGCAGACUGCACAAACUAGGGGUGUCAAAGAUUACCCAGGUUGAUUUCUUACCUCGGGAGGUGGUAUCAUACUCCAAGGAGACACAGACACCUCUUGCCACACAUCAAUCUGAAGAGGAUGAAGAUGAUGAAGAGAUGGUGGAACCAAAAGCACAGGAUGACUUGGAGACAGAAAAUCAAGAUCAGAAGCAGGAAGUGAAAGAAGCUCCUCCUAGAGAACUGACAGAAGAAGAAAAACAGCAAGUUCUCCAUUCAGAAGAAUUCCUGAUAUUUUUUGACCGGACAAUACGUGUAAUUGAGCGAGCUUUGGCUGAAGAUUCAGACAUCUUCUUUGACUACAGUGGCAGAGAUGUAGAAGAGAAAGAUGGAGAUGUUCAAGCAGGAGCCAACCUUUCUUUUAACCGUCAAUUUUAUGAUGAGCACUGGUCAAAGCAUCGUGUCGUCACCUGUAUGGAUUGGUCUCUUCAGUACCCUGAGUUGAUGGUUGCAUCUUACAACAAUAAUGAAGAUGCUCCACAUGAGCCUGAUGGGGUAGCCUUGGUAUGGAACAUGAAGUUCAAGAAAACCACACCGGAAUAUGUUUUCCAUUGUCAGUCCUCUGUGAUGUCUGUUUGUUUUGCCCGCUUUCACCCAAACCUGGUCGUCGGUGGAACGUACUCCGGCCAAAUCGUCUUGUGGGAUAAUCGCAGUCACAGGCGCACUCCAGUUCAGAGAACUCCCUUAUCUGCUGCUGCUCACACGCAUCCUGUGUAUUGCGUGAAUGUAGUUGGAACACAGAAUGCACACAAUCUCAUUACGGUCUCCACGGAUGGCAAAAUGUGCUCCUGGAGCCUGGACAUGCUCUCAACUCCACAGGAGAGCAUGGAGCUGGUGUACAAUAAGUCCAAACCAGUGGCGGUUACCGGAAUGGCUUUCCCAACCGGAGAUGUCAAUAACUUUGUCGUUGGCAGCGAAGAGGGAACAGUCUACACAGCCUGUCGUCAUGGAAGUAAAGCUGGCAUUGGUGAAAUUUUUGAGGGCCACCAAGGACCUGUCACAGGAAUUAACUGUCACAUGGCGGUGGGCCCAAUUGACUUUUCCCAUCUCUUUGUCACAUCAUCGUUUGACUGGACAGUCAAGUUGUGGACGACAAAGGUGAGAAAUCCAAGCUGGGAUGGGAUGGAUAAUGCUACUUGUGAAAAUGUUGUUGUCAGAAAUAUUUCAAUAUUGUCUGUAUCAAGUCCUAAUAAUCGUUUAACUGAAAGGCUGUACUUAGAACAUACCCUCAGGUUUGCAGGCAACAUGGUUUUAUUGUCCUUUCUGUUCCUAUUGUUUCAACAGGUUCCCACAGCCAGUGUCACUAUAGAAGGAGCUUCUGCCCUCAACCGUGUCCGCUGGGCCCAGGCUGGGAAGGAGGUAGCAGUUGGUGAUUCAGAAGGCCGCAUAUGGAUUUAUGACGUUGGAGAGCUGGCUGUUCCGCACAACGAUGAGUGGACCCGCUUCGCUCGGACCCUGGUAGAAAUCCGCGCCAACCGAGCAGACAGUGAAGAGGAAGGGGCAGUGGAGCUGUCAGCCUAGAGGAAGGGAAGGAGCAGCGCCCGCCGCCGCCAGAACAGCAGCUUUCCCCCGCUGAGUACGCCGGUGUUCAGUGUCAGAGUCAGUCUUGCUGUGGCUUUUGAUGCCAGUGUACGUGCCAGUAUUGCUCAAAGCAUUCCGUAUUAAUCAUGCUGCUUUACACAAGGCUGAAAAUAUCCAGAGCAUUUUCAUUCUUUAUAUUUCUGCCUGAGAAGUAAGAAAGAAAAGACAAAUCAACCCUUUAUGGGUUUAGUUGUUGCCUUUUCACUACUUAGUAGCUGUAUUUAAUAGCUAGGAACCCCUGGUUUAACUUGUGCUCACAUUGCCCUUCUGGCAUAGUCCUAUUAAAUCCAUAUGAAGCCAGAUAUGAUUAUGUGCAGAUGUGGUGUGCUUCACUGUAUGGGACUGGGCCAAAGACUUCAGAUGUGGUGUUUCACAUGGUGACUUACAUUAUGAAUGGAUGUACUAUACGAAAGUUGCUGCUCCUUAUUUAUUGCGGUGUGCUGCAUGGAACAUAUUUAUUUGAAAGCAUUAAAAUAAACGAUCCUAAAGCAUGUGCAUAAUGAGAGAACUGCAUUGUCUGUGUGCUGCUGUAGAGGUUACAUUAAAGUCCACAAAACAAUUACAGUACAUCAGUUGUGCUUAAGAUGUAAGAUCUAUAAAGGUUGGCUUGAGCGGAUGGAAUGAGUUUCCUUUCCUUUUUUUUUUUUUUUUUAAGAUGCCUAUUAUUUCUAGGCACUUUAACUAUAUUUCAAAUACAGUUGGUCACUGAUACUUGUCAUGCAAGUUAACACUAACAGUCUGACAAAGGGUUGUGGUUCCCAAGUAUGACACUGGUAUUGCCAAUAAAAUGUAUCAAGCCGGUUC